AAAAUUCGUGGCGUUGCCAGACAAAUCUAGAACUGCUGUGUCGGAUUCAAGACGAAACGAUCAGUAAAUUUGUGUUUAAUAAGGGGAAGACUCGACUCUAAACCAUGCCAUCUGGUAAAAAUUUUAGAAGAAGGAGGGCUGACUCAUCAGACGAAGAAGAAGAUGAAGCGAUAACUACCGAAGUGAGAUCUAAAUUGGACGAAGUUAAAGAAAUACAGAGUCUACGGAAAAGGCAAACUGGUGUCAGCAUUGCCGCUCUUCUUGUUGGAGAGAAACUUCCUCUGGAGGCCGAAAUAGAAGAUGACCCAUUUAAAAUGAAGACAGGAGGCAUAGUUAACAUGAAGAAAGUCAAAGAUCGGAAUAGGGACAUGACUGAAGAUGAGAAUGAUGAUCUUAACCUUGGGACGUCAUUUUCUGCAGAGACGAACAGAAGAGAUGAAGAUGCCGACAUGAUGAAAUACAUUGAGACAGAGCUGAAGAAGAAGAAAGGACUGGUAGAGGAUGAGGAGCAGAAGGUCAAAGUAAAGAACCCAGAGGACCUGCUGUAUGAGCUCCCAGAGAACAUCCGCGUCAACUCCGCUAAAAAGACUGAGGAGAUGUUGUCCAAUCAAAUGCUUAGUGGCAUCCCAGAGGUGGACUUGGGAAUUGAUGCAAAGAUCAAGAACAUCAUCUUUACAGAAGAGGCCAAAGCAAAGCUUAUUCAAGAACAGAAGAAUAAAAAGAAAGACAAUGGGACAUCAUUUGUUCCUACAAACAUUGCUGUGAAUUAUGUCCAGCACAACCGAUUCUAUCAUGAGGAUCAUAAUGCUCCUCAGAGGCGCCAUCGAGAGGAACCCAAAGCCAGACCCCUGCGCGUAGGAGACACUGAGAAACCUGGACCCGAGAUGUCACCACCACACCGCAAGAGACCGAAUAAUGAGAAAGCAACAGAUGACUACCAUUACGAGAAGUUUAAAAAGAUGAAUCGAAGAUACUGAUGAGCUGGACAAUAAUCAUGUUUUCUUGUCUUGUUUUUGUUUCCUUGUUUCUUGUUGUAAAUAGCCUUUUUCACAUGAUUCAGAACAAUGCCCCAUAACCCAUAUCUGGUGUUGUUGGAUGUUCUUGUGGUAUUAAUUUCAGAAGAGUAUUUUAAGCAUUUUUGUCAGCAGACAUUCAUUUAAUUUUAGCUUUUAGAAUAAAUCUCCCAAAAAAUGA